CAUAAGGGAAAGAUCCGUUAAGCCUGAGGAGGAAGUGGCUGCUGUUUUCUGGAACAGACACCGUGGGGAUCAUUCCUGAGUGUCUCCUACUCUCCAGAAGAUGGACUUGAGUGGAAAGAAGUCUGCCAAAGCCUGAAGCCCCCCAGCCGUAAACAACCCCAAAUGGCCUCUGAAGAAGUUAACAAGGCAGAGCCACUGAGGGUCUCUGCGGACAGCACCCUGGGCGGCCAGGCCAAACCAGAGUGUGUGAAUAAUUCUGAUUACCAGCUCAUGGAGGGAUCACAGGAUCACCAGAAGGGAGUACUGCAGGCCCUUGGGGCGGUGCAGAUCCUGAAUGGAGUGGUGAUUCUGGCUUUGGGCAUUUUCCUGGGAUCCUCAGAGUUCCUGACCCACUUCUUCAGGCACUUCUUUUUUUUCACGUUCUACACAGGGUAUCCACUAUGGGGCAGUGUGUUUUUUAUUAGUUCAGGAUCCUUGACUGUUGUAGCAGGGAGAAAAUCCACAAGAAUGCUGAUGCAAAACAGUUUUGGAAUGAACAUCGCCAGUGCUACAAUUGCCUUCGUUGGGAUCGUUUUUCUCUUAAUACAUCUAGUACUAAAUAACCAGGCCUUCAGGAGUUGUCCGUCUUCCCGGUCUCCAGAUUUAUGCAAUUACCUGGGUUCCUCAUCAAAUGGCUUGGUGUCUCUAAUGCUCAUCUUCACUUUGCUGGAAUUGUGCAUAACUAUCUCCCUCUCAGCCAUGUGGUGCAAAGGAAACUGCUGUGAUUCAAGAGAGGAAAUUUCUUCACUUCCCAGUUCUAUGGAAUCAGGAAUACCUCCUAAUGAAGGUAAUUCGGAGAGCAUCAAAACUUAACCUCAAAUCUCCAAGGAAUCAGAGCUUCAUUCAGGAACUCAGGAAAACAUGAGCUGAUGAAACUCAAUCCUUCUCUCAUGGCACCAAUCAUGGAAACUUGGACUUAGGCUUUUCUGUCCUAAUCAUAAAUGCCUUUAGUGUGUUCUGGGUAUGGAUGAAUCAAUGUAUUUCUUUAUGAAUUCUUGGAUUUGUAACUUCUACUAUCACUACUCCAAAGUCAUUCCUUAAAAAUUAUUUCUCUUUCUUCUUCCUAUUUCAUCGUUUUAUGAGAUUUAAGGAAAGGAGCUAUUAUAAGCACUAUUUCAUGUUUUCUUCCUAAAAUCUCAUUUCAGACAACCUAGUAAGAAGGAAGAUGAGUCAGAUUUAUUUUUGCAGCACAGAAAUAUUCUUCUUGACUUUAGCCAACAGCAGCAUUACAAAAAUUGUCAAAUAAAAAAUGACCAUCACCACAUAUGUGAACUAUGACUUUGUUUUUCAUAAAAUAUGUGAAUUUAAAUUAUGAGUAGAAAUCGUAGCUAUUAGGAGGCCAUGAGAUAAGAUAGCCUAAGAAUUUAGCUGAAGGCCACACAGGAGAAAUUCAGAAAACGGAAGUCAGUUUAACCACACCUGAAAUUGAAUUUACACUUCUGACUCAACAAGACAUGAAUUUUGUUUUUAUUGUACAAAUGAUGCUUGUAGCAAAUAAUUUCUCUCCUGGCUUGGCUUUGCUUCAUUCACUUCUAUUGCUUUUAAAAAUAUUCCCAGUAAGGGCUUUCUCCAAAAAGAAUCUAAUGGAAAAUCCUAAUGAACGGUCUCCACUCAAUUCUUAUGGUACAUGAACAAUUUGAGAAGAUGUUGAAGUUUGUAACUUGUAAGACACUGAUAUUUAUGGACUUUGUCCUAUCUUCUUGUCUCAGAGUUUACCAGCAAGCUGGGAAAUCCAAGAAAUGAUGGUUGAUUUAUUGAUCCAUCCAUUCAAUGAAUAAUGAGUUUCACAUAUUUGGCAUUGUGUUGCAAAUUUGUAGAUUAAAUUAUAAGUUGUUAUUUUGAA